AUGGAAGACGUCGUGGAGGUCGCCAUCCCGGAGUCGCUGUCCACCUGCGCGGAGUACCCCGCCUUGGUCCAAAACGUCCCGGAGGCCCUCCGCACGAUCGGCGGUGAGGGCGGCGUCUCCAGGGCGGCGUCGUCAGGGGGGCGGGGCCGGCGGGCGUUCCUGUCCCUCAGGUGGCGCCCGGACGACCCGAUGUGCCAUCCCAUCUACGGGGAGCGGCACGGCAACACGGGGCUGCUGCUGCGCGUGGCCAGGAGGCGAGCGAGCGCUGCGGGGGGCCCGGCGGGGGAAGCCGAGGGGGCGGAGGCGAGGGUUGAGAUCGCGUCCGUGGUGAAGGGAUGCUACAGGUCAGCGGGGGUUUUCAGGUUUGUCUGA